AUGACCGGAAGUAAAGUCAUCAUUGACAGGCAUAACCUUGGGUAUAGCAUUCUCGCAUUGGAAUUGGGAGAGACGCAUCUGCUUGUCAAAAUUGCGAAACGAUUUGAGAUCAUGUUCGGCAGUUCUGUGUAUGCUCAUAUUUUCGUCACAAACGCUAUAGGACAUAAGGCGGUCUUGCACGAUUGUCCACCUAGCCACUUUCACAAAUGUCUACCUCAAGAAGUCCAUGAGCUCCUCUGGUGGCUGGGACCCUCGAUAUCGCCAUCACUUGCAGCAUUUCUCCCCAGUGCUUCACCGCCUUACUCGACCCAUCUGACUGAGCAUAAACUUCUGAGUAUGCCCAGUCUUCGACAAGAUCGGCCAGCGUUGCUAGAACGACGAGCCUUGCCCAUAUGGAUGGUCAUCACGGGCAAGGUUUCUUCUAAGGUACAUUCUAGCAGUCUGAUGGCCGGACGGUAUUACAGUGCUGACUACAUAGACGGGACUUGGCUAUGGAGCUACACGUGCUACUCUCACUAUAUAGUCAACUUGUUUUUUCCUGAUGGGCCUGUAUCUGUGUUUGUACUAGUGUUAGGCACUGGCCCUCCAAAGUUAUCCAACCACCUGAAAGAGCGCAUGCUGGCCAAGGAGCUUCUCAGCGAGGCACGAGGCGCUACCUUCGUUCCCCCAUCUACUGAGGCAGAGAAAGCGCUUGCCAAGAUAUAUGCAGGCAUCUUCCACCUCGUGGAAAGCGAGAUGUCGGCGAGCGACAACUUCUUCGAACUCGGUGGGACUUCCAUUGAUGUCAUCAGGCUCAAGUGCGAAGGAGAGGCACACUUCGGCCUCCCUGAGAUCCCUACAAUCCAAAUCCUCAAGCACCCCGUUGUCUCCACCCUCGCCAACUAUGUGAAUGCCUCGCUCUCCAAGGAUAGCCGGACUGAGGAGUACGACCCCAUUGUUCCCCUCCAACUGACCGGCAACAAGACGCCUAUCUUCGUUCACCCCGGUGUUGGAGAGCCCGGACACCCCUUCUUCACCUCUAUGGACGAGAUGGUGUCUUGCUAUGCCGCAGCAGUCAAGAGAACUCAGGCCACAGGACCUUACACCAUCGCAGGCUACAGUUACGGCGGCAUUGUCGCAUUUGAAGUCGCCAAGCGGCUCGAGGCCAUGGCAUGGACCAUUGACAAGCAGCUCGAGGUGGUGUGGAAGUUGUCACCCCCUGAACGUCUUGUCGAGCUUCGGCUGACGGCUGGGAAGCUCGACCACUGGGUGGACAUUGCCGGGUCUAUGAUUGAGUGUGGAAAGGACUACAAUUCAUCAGGCUCAGUUUCUGCAGUCGAUGUUUUCUACGCUAUUCCCCUUCGCGGAAGCAUGGCUGACUGGCUGAACAACCAGCUCAAGCCAUGGUCUGGCUUCAGCUGCGGCGAGGCAUCAUAUACUGAUGUGCCUGGGCAACACUACAUGCUCAUGGACUUUGACCACGUCCCGCAGUUCCAGAAGAUCUUCCACAGCCGUCUCGAGGCUCAUGGCCUGUAAAUGUUAUAUCGACACAAU